GCGACAAUAUCGAAGCGCAACACUAGAAGUAGUAGGAUCUGUUGUUGUUCCUGUUGGUUUCUACGACAAGCAAAAUAACAAUAACAGAGGAAAGGAGGGAAGAAAGAAAAUCAGAGUUUUAUUUUGGCUUCGUUGAGAUGGCUACUCUAUCAAGCUUCAUCGCUUUGCCGAAGAAUCCUAAGACCCACUUUCUCUCAGGUUCCUCAUUGACGCCGAUGGACAAAUGCUUGUUGAAAAUCAACUCUGGUGAACACUUUCCAGGCUCCUCUUUCAGAGCUAAAACAUCACGUAACCAGCCACUUGUUAUUCGAGCUGGUGGUGAUGGUGGAAGAUCAAUCAGUGGAAGUAUUUUUGUUGGUGGUUUUGUAUUGGGAGGACUAAUUGUUGGAGCAUUGGGUUGUAUCUAUGCACCACAGAUAAGCAAGGCAAUAGCUGGAGCAGACCGUAAAGAUUUGAUGAGGAAACUUCCAAAAUUUGUGUACGAUGAAGAAAAAGCUUUGGAGGUAGUGAAGAAGACUCGCAAGGUGCUAACUGAGAAAAUAGCGCAGCUGAAUUCUGCCAUAGAUGGUGUUUCUGCACAGUUGAGAUCAGAUGUAGUCCCAAAUGAAGACUCAGAUGAAUUGGCAGUGAACUCAGAAGAAAUGGAAGCUUCAGUACAAUGAAAUCAAUGAUAUUUCAGCUCAAAUUAUCAUCAUCUCUCCUUUUCUUAGUCAAGAAAAAUAUGAACUUUGGUUAUUGGUUUCAAGUGUUAUUAGGAGUUAAAUUUAGUUAUCACAUUUAACUAUUUCAUCUUAUCAUGGUUCAUUGUUUACGUAUAGGAUAUAUCUAGUGGAAACUUUUGUUUACUGUGAGAGAAAUAAGAAUUAUAAAGUAUUAACAGAUUGUGGUUGUGAA